AUGUUCCGCAGACGUGCCAGCCAUGUACUCCAGAAUCCCCCAAACUAUCGAACAUGUGCGGUAGCGCGCAGAUGCCGCGCGUGCGUCCAGCUGCCCUGGUGCUGGAUGCCAGUCGGCUUAGUCGGCGCGCAUGUCAGGGGCAAAAAGACCAGGACGACGGUGCAGAUGUCUGACUUGCCGCAGGGUCCUGUGCAGACAUCACCUCUGCCCGUAGAGGAAGAGAAGCAUGUACCGGCCUAUCCCACUGUGGUGCUGCAAGCACGACGCAAUAUGGACAAGUUUGAUAACUGCGUGCUACUGACUCGCGUAGGUGGCUUCUAUGAGCUCUACUUUGAACAUGCGGACGAGUUUGCGCCGCUGCUGAAUCUAAAACUGGCUUUGAAAAAGACGAGUGCCGGACCGGUUGCAAUGGCUGGCUUCCCGUUCUUCCAACUGGAUCGCUAUCUCAAGAUUCUGGUGCAGGACCUCAACAGAUAUGUUGCCGUGGCCGAGGAAUUCCCCAAUGAUGAGGAAGACAAGAUCAAGUCUGGCGGUCUCAUGCAUAACAGAAGGGUUGCCCGCAUCAUAACACCUGGCACUCUUAUCGACGAGAAUUUCAUCGACCCCUAUGCCAACAACUACGCCAUGGCCAUCCACGUGCCUAACCAGACUGGCGCCACAUCCAGUGACAGUAUCCCUCUUGGCCUGGCCUGGCUGGAUCUCUCCACUGGCCAUUUCUUUAUACAACAGACCAAUGUUGCUUCACUCGGCUCAAUUCUGUCCCGGAUCGGCCCUACGGAAAUUGUACUGGAUGAGGACUUUGAGUCGCAAAAGGAGCACGACAUAUUCUCCGUCCUUGCCGAAGACAGGCAUCUCAUUACAUACGCUCCCAUUGGUGGGUCAGCCAGCAUCUCAGACUGGAAUAGUAUGCUCGAAUCAGAAAUGUCUCAAGCUACCCGUGACAGCUUUUCGGCAGAAGAAAUAAGCGCGGGCAACUUAAUUCUCAACUACGUCAAAGAUCGGCUCCAAGGCAUGAACAUGAAGCUGCAGCCCCCUCUCCGCCAUGAGAAUAUGCAAAUUAUGACGAUAGACAAGAACAGCCUACGCGCUCUUGAAGUCAAGCAGACGAUUCGCGACGGCUUCUUUCGAGGCAGCUUGUUACACGCUAUCCGUCGCACAGUGACCAAGAGCGGCUCUCGGUUGCUCAAUGAGUGGCUCAGCGCACCCUCCACUUCAAAAGACCUAAUAACAUCCCGACAGGACUUGGUCACCUGUUUUAUUGCCUCACCCGAUCUCCGCGACCUCAUCACCACGCUACUGCGACGCAGUCACGACUCGCAGCGCCUAGUGCAACGAUUUGCGCUUGGUCGGGGCGACGCUGACGAUCUUAUUGGCUUAGCAAAUACAAUUGAAGCGACCGUAGACAUAGUCGAUCUUAUGGAGAAGUCAGCCCGGGAAACUUCCUUGAAGCCCCUCACUGCUCUCACAAAGCGCAUAGAUUUUCGUGAGCCUCUCAAAUUGGCCCGUCGCAUCACAGAAGCCAUCGACGAGGAUGGCGUCGUGCUACAGCAAGAGGCCGCCGACUCUGAAGCCAAUCAGAUUCUGGCUCUUGCAGAAGGCGUUGUGGCCACAGAAGGCUCUACCGAAGACGCAUCGUCGCUGCCAAAGGGUAAGAGGAAGCGGCCCACGAGCAUUAAGGAAUACUACGCCGAAGACAAUGAAGCAUGGAUUAUGAAACCAAAAGCAAGCCCAACACUUUGUAGGCUACACUCACAGCUGGCCUCACUCUUGAAAGAACGCGAGUGUCUCAACGAGACGCUUCGCGAACGUUUCAGCGCACCAAGUCUUGCAUUGAAAUGGACACCUGGUCUAGGUCAUAUUGCACAUAUCAAAGGCAAAGACGCCAAAAAUCUUGCCGAAAUUCGCACUGUGUCUUCCAGUCGCUCUACGCGCUCCUUUCACCUCCCUGAAUGGACGCUCCUCGGCCAGCGUCUCGACCAGGCACGAUUUCACAUUCGCCGCGAAGAGCAGCGCGUCUUCCAGUCUCUCAGAGAACACGUUGUCGUCAACCUCGUCAAGCUGCGCCGGAAUGCCGCUGUCCUUGAUGAGCUUGACAUUGCCACGUCCUUUUCCCGACUAGCCGUUGAGCGGGAUCUCGUGCGCCCUAUCCUCAACGAUUCAACGGCCCACACCAUCAUUGGCGGCCGUCAUCCUACCGUUGAGGGUGGCCUCGUCGAGCAGGGCCGCACCUUUGUCGAAAAUGACUGCUUGGUAGGCAACCCGGCGGCCGGCUCUCUCUGGCUCAUUACCGGCCCAAAUAUGGCCGGCAAAAGCACAUUCUUGCGGCAAAGUGCUCUUAUUACCAUAUUGGCGCAGAUUGGAUGCUACGUGCCGGCCUCCCACGCUGAGAUUGGUAUUGUCGAUGCCAUCUUUAGCCGCGUUGGCUCCGCAGAUGACUUGUAUCGCGACCAGAGCACAUUUAUGGUAGAGAUGCUGGAGACGGCGCACAUUCUGAAACAGGCCACGCCGAGGUCUUUUGUCAUUAUGGACGAGAUCGGGCGAGGCACUACGCCGGAAGACGGAACUGCUGUGUCGUACGCCUGUCUGCACCACCUUGUUACGGUGAACCAGUGCCGCACGCUCUUCGCGACGCACUUCCACGGCGUCGCGGAUCUUGCGGCCGCCGAUGGACUGUGCGACCCUGACAAUGGUGCGGUGCAACCGUAUUGCACGGACGUUGAGGAAGAUGAACAAGGCGGUUUCGCCUAUGUCCAUCGGUUACGGAAGGGCACCAACCGCCGUAGCCAUGCUCUCAAAGCGGCAAAACGAGCAGGACUACCGGAGCUGGCACUAAAAAUGGCGGAAAGGGUGCUGAAUGAGCAGAACGGGUUUCGAAUCGGCUCACGGAGCGAAGCAUAA